AUGAAGGUGGCGGUGGAGGGAUGCAUGCACGGGGAGCUGGACAAGGUCUACGACACGAUGCAGCGGCUCGAGGCGGCCGAGGGCAUCAAGAUCGACCUCCUCAUCUGCUGCGGCGACUUCCAGGCUGUAAGGAAUGAGAGUGAUUUACAGUGUGUAAAUGUCCCACCAAAGUUUCGUACCAUGAACUCGUUUUGGAAGUACUACUCUGGGCAAGCAGUUGCCCCAUACCCAACUAUCUUCAUCGGCGGGAAUCAUGAAGCAGCCAAUUAUUUGUGGGAACUGUACUAUGGAGGAUGGGCAGCACCUAACAUCUACUUCUUGGGGUUUGCUGGUGUUGUUAAGUUUGGAAAUAUUCGAAUUGGUGGAAUGUCAGGAAUACAUAAGCAACAUGAUUAUUACCGAGGACACCAUGAGAGGCCUCCAUACGAUAAUGCUACUAUACGAUCAGUGUACCAUGUAAGGCAUUACGAUGUUCUCAAGCUAAUGCAUGUGAAGGAGCCUCUAGAUAUAUUCAUGUCACAUGAUUGGCCUCUUGGCAUUACUGAAUAUGGAAACCGGGAGAGGCUCCUUCGAGAGAAACCGUUCUUCAAAGAAGAGGUCAACGAGAGAACAUUAGGCAGUGAAUCUGCAGCAAAAUUACUGAACAAAUUAAAACCACCGUACUGGUUUUCAGCUCAUCUUCAUUGUAGAUUUCCAGCUAUCAUUCAACAUGGCGAGGAUGGACCUACGACUAAGUUUCUUGCUCUUGAUAAGUGCCUUCCCGGGCGGAAUUUUUUGCAGGUAAUAGACAUUCCAUCCAAUCCGGGACCAUAUGAAAUUCAGUAUGAUGAAGAAUGGCUUGCAAUAACACGGAGAUUCAAUAGUGCUUUCCCCUUAACUCGGAUGCCAUGUACAAUUCGGAAUGAAGAACUUGAUAUUGAAGAUGACCGGCAGUGGGUUAGGAGCAAGUUGAAUGCUAGAGGGGCUAAGACAUUUGAUUUUGCCCAGACUGCUCCACCUUAUGAUCCGUCCAGGCCAAUUUAUAACCCCCCCAUAGCAGUUCCUUGCAGAAACCCACAAACUGAAUCAUUUCUCCAGUUUUUAGAGCUCCCAUAUCUGCUGGACUCGUCUAAUCCUGGCGGUGUUGAUAUAAAUGUAUCGAGCUCUCAGGCAGCACCUGCACUUGACAACGACGACAUAGAGCUCCCCGAUGAAGUUGAAGACGACGAAGAUGAUGAGGAGUGA